AUGGUAGAGGAGUGUGCGAUUGUCAUUGCCCAUGUCAGCACAGGCCGGAUUGGUAACCUAAAUUUCGGCAACACACCCUGCCUUGUGUCCAAGUCGAAACCUGGACAAAAGAGGAGAACCGAGUUCACUGUGGAAGCCAUAUCGACGCAGUCAAUUUCGGAGCCCCUGUCAACCACAGAGUGGAUCGGUAUCAAUCAAUCACUAUCGAACUCAUAUGUGGAGUACUUUAUGCGAUUGGGAGCCUUUGACGAACUGGGUAUUACGAAAUCCUCAACGAUUCGGAGAGAAGUGUCGGUUGGAGACAGUCGAAUCGAUUUUGAGAUCGAUGAGACGACCUUUGUAGAGGUCAAGACGCCUUUAAUUCAUAUACCAGGUACGGGGAUAGGGGACUCAAAGCCAUUGACAGCGUUUCAUAGGAUUGUUAAGCAUUUUGAUGAAUUAGCUAGCGCCGUCAAAUCAGAAUCCAGCACAGGUCACUUGAAGAGGGGCAUAUUUUUGUUCUGUUUUUUCUACGAUGCGCCACCGUUUCAACGACCUCCGGCUACGGUAAAUAUUGAGGCUAUCACUCAGGCAGCGAAACGAGCGAAGGAAGCGGGGGUGCAGUUCUGGCAGGCUAAUUUUAGGGUAACACCUGAGGGAAUCCAUUUUCUUAGAGUAUUCCGACUGGAAAGCGACUAUUAA